AUGGCAUUCGUUACAAGGUCAACUACGAGCGAGCACAACAAGCUUUCAAGUCUCCCGUCCGAUGGCCCCGAAUCUUUAAUUACGUUGACACAAAUAUAUCACCCACCAUCUCCUCACAAACAACUCGGUGCUGAGACGCUCAUCAAGGGCAUCGUCAACGAGACGGCGUCCAUGUGCACGUAUCUCUACCCAAACGCCGACGAUGAGGGAAUCUUUCUGGCUACAGGCUUCAUGACUGUGCAAUUUAUCAACGAUGACAUCUUUGACAGCGCUGCUAUCCUCAAGGCGAUCCAGGCGACUCCAUCGGGACAACGUCUGGCUAGAGAUCUCCAGAAGUUGCGCGAUACUCCGCAGCGGAUGGCAGACGGUAUUGUAUCCGCUGCACGCAUAAUGGAGAAUCCAAACUCAUACGAAGAGUGCCGCGAGGUGGUUUCGGACUUGGAGACAGAUCCGUUCCUCUUGGGAGCUAUCUACGAUCUUUCGACGCGCAUGCACAUCCGUGGCCGACGCAUCAACGAGGAGCGCUUCGAGGUCUGGCUGGCCAAGUCUUGCGCUGCCAUGAAGGACUUUGGCAAGUCUCAUGCCCUGAUCUACGGCGAAGCCAAGAACAUGACCGUCGAAGAAUAUGCAGACCACAAAUUGCAGAAUUCCGGCAUCAUCUAUACCGUUCUCUUUGUCGAGAUGGCAAUGGGUACUUUUCUCUCCAGGGAGCACAACGCUAUUCCACGAAUCCGUCAGAUCCAGCAGCAUAGCGAAAAUAUUGGCUCUUUACUAAAUGAGAUAUUCUCAUAUGAGAAGGAGACAUUUUUAGAGGAUACAAAUAAUCUAUUAGCCGUGCUGGUGCGUACGGAGAAGAUUAGUUUACAUGAGGCUGCGCAACGAGUCGGUGCGAUGUCGCAGAGACAUGCCCAGGAGGUGAAGCGCAUUCGGAUUGAGAUUGAAGCUGAGUAUGAUCAUGGUAGUGGAGAGGAUGUUGGUCUUGGAACGUACGUGGCGGACAUGGAGUUGUUUGGCGCAGCGUGUUGGUUCUGGCAACUUCAGGGCACGAAGCGGUACUGCUCCAAGACAUCACCGUUUGCUGAGCUGCGACUUGAGGGAGAAGAUGGGAAGGCAGAUUAA